AUGGUUGAACCGUUUUGGGGUCCUCAGACCUCUUAUCUAAAUUUCUGUGAAGAGGAUUAUACGAUUACUCGAUACAUCGCAGAGUUCAUCAAUACUAUCAGUAGUCUCACAUAUGUGGCAUAUGGACUCUAUGGCUUGUUGACCUCCCCCAAGUUCCCCACGGGCCCCCGGUUGAUCUCAUACUGUGGACUCAUGGGUGUUGGAAUUUGUUCUGCUGGCUAUCACAUGACGUUGAAGUAUCAUACUCAAAUGUCUGAUGAACUGUCGAUGCACUUGCUCACCACACCUCUUAUCUACCGUCUCCUAACGUUCAAAGCUUCACCUGAAAAGACUCGACUCAUCGGCACCAUACUAUCGAUACUUUUCACUAUUGUUAUGGUUACACACAUGGUCAUGGAUGAAUUUCUGUUGCACGCUACUACCUUUGGUUUGGGCGUAUACAUUAUCGCUACCCGGGUAUUGAAGGUCAUUCCACAGCAGGUGAAAGAUCCUGUCACCAAGAAGAAGUUUCAAAAUAUUGCUGUCCUUGGUCUUGGAUCUUUUGUUUUUGGCUAUGUCGUCUGGUUGAUCGAUGAGUUCGCCUGUCGUUAUCUGACCAGUGCACGGCAUACCAUUGGCCUGCCUUUUGCCUUUCUGCUCGAACUACAUGGAUGGUGGCAUGUUCUCACUGCCAUUGGAGGAUACACUGCUGUUGCAGUCAUCGACGUGGUCACAACAGGAGUAGUAACGGAUGAUCCAACCGAUACCUUUGCUUGGCCAGUUCCUCUUGCGGUAAAGCUUAUGUCUGGGAAGUCUAGUUCCGUGAAGCAAGGGUAG